AUGGCUUACCACAAACGCCCUACCUCGAGCUACCAGCCCUGUGACUCGUACUUCGUGGAAUCAUAUGACGACUACACUGUCCCGCGGAUGGACCCAAAGGAGCAUGCCAAAUUGAUCGCCCGCGAGCGUCAAUAUGCCAUCGCCGACGAGCUGUCCCGGGUCACGAGUGAGGAAUACCGUGAAGACGUUCGGUCACACAUGAUGGACAUGGAUGCUUCCACCCUUCCUGAUGUUGAAUCCAUUGACAUCCAGACCGAAAUCCAAUGGUUCAUGCGUCCUUACCUCCUUGAUUUCCUGAUCGAGGCCCACACUGCCUUCCAAUUGCUGCCGUCGACCCUCUUCUUGACCGUCAACCUCCUCGACAGAUACUGCUCCAAGCGUGUUGUCUACAAGAGGCACUACCAGCUGGUCGGCUGUGCAGCGCUCCUGAUUGCCGCCAAGUAUGGUGACAAGAAGGAUCGUGUGCCUACUAUUCGCGAACUCAAGUCAAUGUGCUGCUCCCUGUACGACGAUGACAUGUUCAUUCAGAUGGAAUGGCAUGUUCUGCAAACCCUUGGGUGGACGAUUGGACACCCAACCGUCGACAGCUUCCUCCAGAUGGCAGUCAUGGACACCCCAUAUGAUCCAGAGGUGGAACAUCUUGCGCUAUACAUCGCGGAAAUCUCGUUAUUCCACCGCGAAUUCGUGUCCAAGCCGUCCUCCGAUCUCGCUAGAGCCUCCCUCGCCCUAUCACGCUGUAUCCUCAACCGCACCCAGCCUCGUCACACAGAUUGGGCCUCGCAGUACGACUCGAUGACACUGGUUGGACUGUCACAGCAACUCCACCAGCCGUCUCAAGUGCUCGCGAGAAAGUACUCUUCGUCCCACUACUCGCGCGUCUCCAAGAUCCUUGAGCAGUUCCUUGCACGCCAGGCUUCCAUUGCCAGCUACACACCGCCUACCCCUCCAUCCGUCGUUGUCAACUCCGAAUCCAAACCAUACGAAGCAGAAAUCGGGCUUGCUACUCCCCAAAAGGCUCCUCAUCCCUCCAACAUGCCUCACGGAUACAUCACGCCGCCAAUUACACCCGAAAACGAAGGCUUUGUCAAUGGCAAUGCGGACUACGUCAAGGCAGUACCGGUGUCGAGCGCUUGCUCACCGUCGCCAACACCUUCGCCUAGCGUGCCGUACAUGACCCACAACCCCUACCAGCAGGACCCUGCCUAUGCCACGCAACAACAAUACCUCGCACCCCAAAUGAGCUUCACCACUGGGUUCUAG